GUUUUCUAAAUUGGCUGGUGUAGCCUUGACACUUGCGGCAAUAUUUCACUGUGUGACCUUAACACGACUGACGAACACUCCGAUGACUGUUCAGAAAAUAAAAAUUUAUUCCCGAAAAUUGCAAAAUCUGAAACAGAGAAAACCGAUGAUGAGCGGCAGCAUUUUGACCGGAGUAAAUCACCGCCGGUGGAUCUCUAGGAUAAUAAUUAGACCAAAUUGCAGCAGUUCGAGGCAUUACUUCUAUCCGAGUUGCAGAGCUCAGUGGUUCAGUGGCGGGGCCGAGUCAGCUAGGCCGGACCAGAACGCGUAUGAGCUCUUGGGAGUUUCAGAGACCAGUUCAUUCGCCGAAAUCAAAGCUUCCUUUCGCAAAUUGGCCAAGGAAACUCACCCGGACCUUGCUGAGUCGAAGACCGACUCCGAUGCUUCUCAGCGAUUUGUGCAAAUCCUUGCGGCCUAUGAGAUUCUUUCGGAUUCUGAAAAGCGAGCCCAUUAUGAUAGGUAUCUUAUCUCACAGAGGAAACUUGUGGUCAAACAAUCUGGUGAAGGUGUAAGGUUUUAUGUGAAUGAAUCCAAUAUUGCAAGUUAUAAGCAGAUGGAAGUAGUGGAAUGGUUAAGGUGGUACAGAUCUGCCAUAAAAGAUAUUUUGUCAGAGAAGAAAGUGGUUGCUGGCACUGGAUACUUUGAUGUGCUUGAAACAGACUUUUAUUCAGCCAUACAUGCAGCUUACUACGGUCCCGAAAUAGAAUCGAUGGAUUUUCUUCCAGACUGCUUUGAAGCUGAGGAAAGAUCAGUGUUUGAGACUCCAGAGGUGCUUCAUUUGGUUUCAGGGCGUGAUCUUUUCGGGAUGGUCUGUCUGAUCAAUAAAUAUCCAGAAUUAUCAUUUAGCAGCAACAAAAAGCUAAAUUCUUCAACAUCUUGGGAGGUGGGGAUUUAUCAAUCUAGGGAGAAUGUCAACAUUUCCACUAACUUUGAUGGCGCAAGUGACUUUGAAAACCCUCAGUUGCAAGCCUGGACUCUGAAAGACCGUAAAUUGCAUGCAUAUGCUGAUUUGGAAAUGCAUGUGUAUGGAAGAGUGGUUGCUCUAGCGGCAAGGGUCCCUCCGAAAGGCUAUUGCAAUGGCAUACAGAAUGAAGAAAAUCAAGAUCGUAUACAUGUAUUUCUCAACUCAUAUGAAUGUCCUGAAAAGAUUAGUGAAGGAUUCAUUCCAGGGGAGGCUGUUGGAUCAAGAAUUCCUCUGGGAACUAUAACUGGAUUAGGGACUAGCCCAGAAGAAGGGUCUUGCUUUGUCUACAAUAGCAGUGGUACCAAAACCCAUGUAAUUAUGAAACAUAGAACAAUGCUGGUGAAGCACAUGCACUGGUAUGGAAUGGAAGAAGAAGUUUCUGUUUGCGAGUGUAGAUGCAGUAGAGCCAGGUUGCCGCCGAGCAAAUUUUGGCUAUUUGAGCCUCGGUGUGGCAUGCAUGACAUAGGUGGUUGGUAUAUUGAAACAUUUGGUAGAGACAGGAAAGGCCGGACGAUCCCAUCACAAAGGUGUUGGGAAAGCUUCAGCUCAAGUGAACAAUUUGAAAAGAGAUUACAUCCCGCGAUGUACAUUCUUGCUCUUGCAUAUAGAACUUUAGAUCUUGAAGAUGCAAAAAUAAGGAAACAUACUGUCAGAGAUGUUGUUGCACAAAAUUUGUAUAAAAUGCUUAGGUGGUGCAAGAAACUUGUUUAGAGAAGUCAGCACUGGCAUGAUAGAGAUUCUCUCUGUUUUCACAUGUCUCAAGCUAAGCAAGAUGUCCAGCAGUUAUGCAAAAGCUAAUCUUCCUAAAUGUUGCUAAAAGUUUCACGAAUCCCCUUGUUAAGUAUGAUUCACGGGAAUACAUGUCCAUAGUGGUAAAUUUGUUUGGCAUAUAUAAGACCUCAGAGGAUGACCACAGCAUGUGUUCUUCCCUGUCACUCUUGUCACAAAGAUGACUUGCCUUGCCAUGUAUUCAGGAUUUAUGAUCAUUCGUGGAAUAUCUUGUGAACAUGAUCGUCUUGCUGCUUUUGCAUCGUUACUCCUAAACCUGUUCUCAGGCAAUGCCCUUUGGCCAUUUUGAGCUGACGGGUGAAGCUCAAAUUUUGCCAUGUUUCUGAUGUACAUUUCUCAUAAAAGGCCAUUUUGAAAAGAAAGAGAAAAAAACUUGAGCGUUCACAUUUACGAAUAAAACUAUGUAGAGGCGACUGUAAACCAAGUAUUUUUGGCUCCUUAACUUGCCAUUCUUAUGGUCUAUACUCGUUUCAAUCU